AUGGCGCCUACAGAUCCCCAGAGCGAGUUUCAUAAACGACACACGGCUAUGCAGGCAUGGAUCUUGGCACUUCCUGCAUGGCUCCAGUGGAGUGAGCAGAAUUAUGCCAUUCAUAAUGAAUUAUCCCAGGAACGACAGUUCAUCAUUCUGCAUCUGCUACGCCUAAGUUCUAUGUGUGUCGCUCAUCAGGCAUACCUCCCACACAACAAUGGGCCAUCCAUGUUGCUGGACACUGUGGACGGUGCAGGUCUAUCGCUUCUACAUGAUGAUCCUGCUCUUAUCGCACCCUGCGUGGCCAAUGCAAUGGCGGCGGGGGAAAUGGUUGCGUGGUUGAUCGACAAUGACCCCCUUGCGGAGCAAAGAUUGCGUUCUCCAUGGGUGGGAGUAGCAUUGCUAUCUGCUUCUGCGGGGCUUCUAUGGCUGCAAUAUAACGACAGCCAACAAUUCAACCUAUCAUCUGGCAUGGCGGAGAAAUACUUGGAAUACUUUGACAAACUCUUUGAAUGCUGGAAGCCCGCGUGGAAUGUUGCGUCUGAGUGGUUCCAAAUCCUGAAAGGAAUGAAGAUACUUUAUCGCAUGGCAUAUCUAGGUGAAAUCACCGGUGAUACAUCGCAAGAUGAGAUAUCUCCGGAUGAACUGGGCGCGUCAACGGAUCACGAAGAGCGGCAAUACUACCCGAGACCUGGAGAUGGUCUUCCACCCAUGGAUACCGCAGCUCCUCUUUAUACUCUCCUGCGAGAAAACAUAGCGAGCCCCAUUCAUCAAAGCAUCGCUCAGUGGCAUUGGAUAUGGCUUCAUCUUGCUGGAACUUGGCCGCGAAGCUUCUCGGAUGAACUAGUUCAAUCAUUAGCCUUGCAGGACCAGGAAGGACUUCCAGGGCCACUGUUUUAG